GGGAGUCACAGUGAUUCAGUCACAUGAGGAAUUGAGACAAAAAACGCCCUUCCUCUGACCCAUGCUGUGCUCUGUGCAGGCUGGUGGCGCCCAGCUCCUGAGAUCAGUCCACUUUCAGAAAGGGAAAACAGAACGGGAAACUCUGUUUUUGUUUCUUUUUGGAGAACGAACGUUGAUUUGGUCCAUGAACAUCGACACCAUGAGAUGCUGGAUUGUGUGAAAUAUCCCGCUGGCUGCUCAGUGCCGGAAUCUGAGCAGGAGCCUGCGAACGGGCGGCAGUGGCGGCCUGGUUUUGUGUUUGUCAAAGGCCCAGUCAAACAGAAAGAAUUGGACUCCGACUCCCGCACCCUUCCCGGCCCCGGCCUGUGGCAAGGGGAAGCACUUGCUGGCAGACACCUUUCCAUGGCUUGGUUACAGUCACAGGCCCAGGUGCAGGGCUUUGGGUCUGACCAACCCCUGGGGGAAGGAGAAGCCAGCCCCACACCCCGCAUCGCCAUGGCAACGUCUCCCGGGGAAAUCAGCUUCGAGCCCAGGCCGCCCUCCCGAGAGCCAAGGGCAGCACCGCCCGGGCUUCACUUUCCCCAACGCGCAUGUGCAGACGCCUCACGCUCAUAGGCUUGUUUGCGCCAGCCCCGGGCCACGUGUUUCACGCUCUGCCCUGUGAUUGGCUGGGCGGGUCACUCUCUGUCUCCGCGCGCCGGCUCUCCCGGAAGCGGCGACUCGAGCGGAGCUGGGGGCAGGAUGCUGGUGUUAGUAUUAGGAGACCUUCACAUCCCACAUCGAUGCAACAGCCUGCCCGCUAAAUUCAAAAAACUGCUGGUCCCAGGCAAGAUCCAGCACAUCCUCUGCACCGGAAACCUCUGCACCAAGGAGAGCUAUGACUACCUCAAGACUCUGGCUGGGGAUGUUCACGUUGUCCGAGGGGACUUUGAUGAGAUCCUGAAUUACCCAGAACAGAAAGUUGUAACUGUUGGGCAGUUUAAAAUUGGGCUGAUCCAUGGCCAUCAGGUUAUUCCAUGGGGUGACACGGCAAGCCUGGCACUGCUGCAAAGGCAGUUGGAUGUGGACAUUCUUAUUUCAGGGCAUACACAUAAAUUUGAGGCAUUUGAACAUGAAAACAAGUUCUACAUUAAUCCAGGAUCGGCCACGGGAGCCUAUAAUGCCUUGGAGAUAAACAUCAUUCCUUCGUUUGUACUGAUGGAUAUCCAGGCAUCCACUGUUGUGACUUAUGUGUAUCAACUCAUUGGAGAUGAUGUGAAAGUAGAAAGAAUUGAAUACAAAAAGCCCUAAAGCAAAACGUCCAUGUCCACUGGUGCUUUAUUUUUCCCCAUUUCUCAUUCUUUUUUCCUGUCAAAUCAACUAAGUCAUGAUCCACAGGCUUUAGUGCAACACUUUAUUGGACAGUUUACACACUAACACAAUCAGUUUUCACUAACUACUGCUUGUAAACUUAUUGUAAAACAUAACAGCAUAAUUAGUUUACAGUAUAUAAUUUUCAAGCACACGUGUCACACUUAACUAUGUUCUAUGUAUAAAAUGGCUAAGCUUGUAAAUAUCCAGUGUUACCGCAGCUGUUAAGACGGACUGAUCUCAUAUGCAUGACCAAAUUGUAGUCGUUUGAGACCGAACUUGUUACAUAAAUUAUUCUAACCCUUAAUAUUUAAAUAAACACUUGUCUCCUCUA